CCCAUUUUAACUGGGACAUCACGCAGAACAUUCCAGCUCAACGACAGACGAGUUUAAUCAGCGAUAUGUCUGAAGAGGGAAAAUUGUUCGUCGGUGGGCUCAGCUUCGACACAACGGAGCAGUCCCUUGAAGAAGCAUUCUCUAAGUAUGGGGCCAUCUCAAACGUUUACGUUGCCAGACACCGGGAAACCCAGGACCCGCGUGGUUUUGGUUUUGUCACAUUCGAGAACCCGGAAGACGCGAAAGACGCAUCGGCGGGAAUGAAUGGACAGUCUUUGGACGGCAGAACGAUCCGCGUGGACAAGGCCACAAAGCCCGGUGGCGGUGGCGGAGGUGGUUACCGCGGUGGCGGAGGAUAUGGAGGCGGCGGUGGAGGAUACGGAGGCGGCGGUGGAUAUGGAGGAGGCGGCGGCGGCGGUUACGGCAGAGGUGGUGGUGACCGUAGCUACAGCAGAGGUGGCGGGGGUGGCUACUCUUCAGGUGGAGGCGGAGGCUACAGUCGGGACCGGGACCAGUCUGGCGGAUAUGGUGACCGGUACUAGGACGGCUAUGGCCGCAACGCUGUUGUCGACUAGAUUUCAGCCUGCUCCCUUUUCAUCACCUAACAAAGAAGCCCUCCGCAAGAAACCAAUUGUUCAAGUUCUCUCUUUCUUAUUUUCUUGGCGAUUUGCAAAUCGCCUUUCUAUGUUGAAUUGACUUGCGUGCGGGGAAACACAAAAAGGGGGGGAUGUUAAGUUUCGGGCAGUAGAGUCAAAAGCAAAUCUGCCUCGUUGACGGCUUUAGUUCAUUUGAGGCCAAAUCUUUGUCUUUACCCAGUGGAAUCAGGCAACCCAAACGAAUCAACCUUUUUAAAAAUGUACUAAUUCAGAACAGUUUUGCUCCGUCUCCGUCUUGCUAGUUCUCUGAGAGAUAUCUAUGAACAUUAUGUCCCAUGUCCUUACGAUUACUUACACUCUUUUUAUAUGUAUUGUAAAGGCUACUUUCUAUGUCCAUCUGAAGAAUAAAGUAUGAACAGUCAAAAAA